UCUCCAGUCUCCGAGCUGCCGGCCUCCGGCUGAGCAGGAAGCUUCUGGAAGGAUCCAGGACCCGCCAUGUCGGAGAGCAGCGCCUCGGCCGCGCGGGGGGACGCACCGGCUGCCGUCCCACCCCCCUACACCCCCCCAGGGCAGGGCGAGGGGCUGGAGCUCCGCAGCACCCUGGACUGCUGGGCGUGUGGCGUCCUCAUCUCCGCGCACAACCUGCUGGUCGCCGCGCUGAACCUCCUCCUCCUGCUCCUCGUUUUCACCGCCGUGCUGCUCCCCACCACCCUCAUGGUCGCCUUCGGUCUGCUCUGUCACUCCCAGGUUUUUGGCUCCCCACCCCCCCGCUGCGAGGAGAUCCUGGACGACGGCAGCUCCACGGCGCUGAUGGUGGUGGGCUUCGUGCUGCUGACGCCGCUGGGGGUCCUCGCCCUCGCUGCCUACUGCCGCCUGGCCCGGCACCUCCAGCUCGCACUCUGCUUCGUCCCUUACAGCAAGGCCGUCUACCGGAACCUCCCGGCGGCCCGCUACCUGGGCGCGGGCAUCUGCUGCCUCAGGGCAGGCGAGGGCGCGGGCAAGGUCUGGGUGUAGGUGGGGUGGGGGGAGAGGGUGACGUGGCGGCCGUUGUUCCCCAGGGAGGAGGGAGUGAGAGGGAGCGAAAGGUUUGACGCCCACCUCCCCUCCCUCCCUCCCCCCCAUCCCCAUUGGAGGGAGCCUCUGGGACGUCCCAU